AAAACCUAGUUUAAAUUAAAUAAAAUUUAUUUUAUUUUGCUUCUAUUUUAGUUGAAUAGACAAAGUGAAAUGACACCGCCACCAACUACCACUGUUCCUCCUUACGUUAGCCUCAUCGUGAGGAUCCUUACGUUGAUUUGCUUGUUGAUUUCAUUCAUCGUGAUUGCCACCAACAAUCAGACGGUUAGUACCGUUGCUGGUGAUGUCAAAAUCAAGUUUAAGGACUUUUAUGCUUACAGAUAUUUAAUUGCUACUGUGAUUAUUGGAAUGGCAUAUACUCUUCUUCAAAUUGCCUUUUCAAUUUCCCUUUUGACUACUGGAAAUCGCAUUGGUGGUGAAGGUUUUCUUCUUUUUGACUUCUACGGUGACAAGUUUAUUUCCUACUUCCUAGUUACCGGAGCAGCAGCAAGUUUUGGUAUGACACAAGAUUUAAAGCAACUUGAAGGAAGUGAUAACUAUAGUAAAUUUCUCAACACUUCAAAUGCUGCAGCAAGUCUUUGUCUAAUUGGAUUCUUUUUUGCUGUUGCUUCAUCAAUUUUCUCAUCUUAUAAUCUUCCAAAGAGAAUUUGAUUUUUUUUUUGAAAAAGUAAUAGUUUGAUUCAGUGUUUCGAGAAAUUAUGUUUUAUAGGAUUUUCGAAGAUGAUCUAGAUAUUGGGUCAAAUUACGUUUAUUAUAAGUCCCAACAAUAGAGUUCUUCUUUUGCCACAUUUGGAUAGUUUUUUAUGAAGUGUUGAGAUGUAAUAUUUGUAUUUUAUUUGAAAUUGUAUGUAAUUGUUUAAGUUGGUGAAGUUGUGUGAAUUUCAAGUUGGAUUUUGUGUUAUUUAUGUAAUUCUUUGUUUUGAGAAUAGUCUUCAAUUUGGGUAUUUUCUUGUGUAUUCUUUAGAAAUUGUAUUUUUCAAAGUCGAUACAAAUAUAAGCCAGCUAAAAAGCAAACAUUUAAUAUAUGAAAUUCGUCUUUAGCACAUUUUAAUUUACUUGGUUGUAUUCUCAAUAAGUCUGUUAUGUGUGAGCUUGAUUCUUUUUUUGGAGUCAAAGGUGUG